AGAAAAUUUACCUUUAACCCCGACGAAAGAGACGCAAAGCUCUCCUCAUCGUCUCCGUCUCUGCAUCUCCAACUCUCUUGUUUUCAUCACAACCAGAUUUGUCUCCACCACCUUCGUCUGCGUUUAUGUGUUUCUCGAUAAACCCAAAUUAAGUUCGUCUCAGUCACAUCGGCUUCGUCUUCGUCUAUGUGUUUCUGGACAAACCCAAAUCGAUUGUCUCAGUCACAUCCGGUUUCAGUUGCAACUUACUCUAAUCUCUCCUUUCUUAUUAAACCAAUCACCCACCCUUCUCUCAACGGCGACACUCUCUUCCCGUUCUUCAACAGCAACGCGUCUUCAAAACUAAUACUGGCUUUAGUGAUGAUGAUGAUGAUGAUUGCAAAGUCUCAAGCUUUGUCUGGAUCUGACGAUGUUUCGCUAGAUGAAGCGGUUAGGAGGAAGAUGGCUUCAAUUUUCAAAUCUAUUAGUUUUGCACAUUGCAGACAGCUCUAGCUUAUUCCCAGAUAUGACUCAUCACGCUUCUCAAUCUCGCAUUGGUAGAUGCAACACGAAACUAAGACUUCAGUCUCGGCAGGCCGAUGCUAAGCUUGAUUCUUAUAAGCGGGCAGGUAACCGUUUGUCUCCGGUCACAAUCUAUGCAAUCUUGCAGGGUUUUGAUGACACGCAGAAGGACACGAAGAAGAUUUAAACGGAAAUUUAUGCUUGGGAAUGGAGAUUGCUUCAUGCGGAUAAAUUCGUGUAGACUUUUAGGAACGUGUUGGGCUGGAACAUGAAUGCAAAUGGGAAGAGAAGAGAAGAUGUGUAUAACCAUUAAUAUUGUCUUAUCUUUCUUGAAAAAUAAAUAGACAUAUAAAAUGUUACUUCCUAGCUGCUAACGAGUGUUCUUGAAUCUUGAAUAAUGUAUGACUGUGUGUUUUACGUUGUUGGAGAGUUUUGGAUAUAAAUCAAGAGUUUAUUUCCAGGCUGUUCUUGUCCAGUUUAGUAGUUAUUCUUAACAAUUUUUCCUUGUUUUUUGUUGAGAUUUUCAACAUUUGAUUGUAUCAUUUAUCGUUGUAUAUGAAGUUAUA